AACACGCAUCUUUCACACUUCUCCGAUUUCUCCCUCCUCUCUCUUCGGCCAGGAUAUCAGUUUUUCCGUUGGGUAUCGGUUUAGCGGCGGAGAGCGCCAUCGUCUUUUUCACGAUCAUCUACGAAGGCCCUCAUCCACGACCAUGAAUAACGAAUAUGAUUAUCUGUUUAAGCUUUUGCUUAUUGGAGAUUCUGGAGUUGGCAAGUCAUGUCUACUUUUGAGGUUUGCUGUAAGUUUGGCCCCGCCUAAAUCUAUGCAUCAGAAUUCUUUUCACCUUUACUUUUUCAUUGGAUGAUGUUAUCGUAACUGUAUUUGUGCAACUUAAACUUAUGUUUUAGCUAUGAGCAUCAACUUUCUUAAUGCAACAAUUAAUCUUAGUGUAACUAUAGACUGCUGUUUUUUCAGGCUUCCAUUCACAAAUUGUUUUCUGAAACCAAAUAAAACACUGUUCGUAUGACUUCCUGUUUCAUCUGUUUUGGUAUAUAGAAAAUACCAGGAUACCUACAGGAUGACUUAUUUUUGUAGGGAUGAGAACAUCUUAACUGUUUCAUUACUCCUGCUAUACAGGAUGAUUCAUAUCUGGAGAGUUACAUCAGCACCAUCGGCGUCGACUUUAAAAUCCGCACUGUGGAACAGGAUGGGAAAACCAUUAAACUCCAAAUUUGGGACACUGCUGGCCAAGAACGUUUCAGGACAAUUACCAGCAGCUACUAUCGUGGGGCCCAUGGUAUCAUCGUUGUUUAUGAUGUGACAGACCAAGAGAGUUUUAACAAUGUCAAACAAUGGUUGAAUGAAAUUGACCGCUAUGCGAGUGAAAAUGUGAACAAGCUUUUAGUUGGGAACAAGUGUGAUCUCACAUCAAAUAAAGUUGUGUCCUAUGAGACAGCUAAGGCAUUUGCAGAUGAAAUUGGAAUUCCUUUCAUGGAAACAAGUGCAAAGAGCGCCACUAACGUUGAACAAGCUUUCAUGGCCAUGGCUGCUGCAAUCAAGAACAGGAUGGCCAGCCAACCAGCCUCAAACAACGCAAGGCCCCCAACAGUGCAGAUUCGAGGACAGCCUGUGAACCAGAAGUCUGGUUGCUGCUCUUCUUAAAAGGGAAUCAAUUUUAAAACUAGUUUGCUCCAUUGUUUUGCUGUGUUCUUUCGCUGCAUGUAAAACUAGUUCCUUUAAUACUUCAAUGUGAAGAAUUAUUCAUCAUAAUCUAUUUUCCCUGUCAGUUCAAUACCUUUGUUAAACUUUCAUUCUUUUAAUUGUAUUUAAAUUUGAAAAAUGAAAAAAAAAAAGAAAAGAAGUACAGAGUAGGAGAAGCAAUUAAUAGCAUUAAUUGCA